AUGUCUGUAACUUUGCACCCCACCGACGUCUUGACUUUUCAACGUCCCUUUAAUGAAGUUAUUACUCAACGCCUCAUCCUCACGAAUCGUAACGCCGAGCCAAUUGCCUUCAAAGUGAAGACAAGCGCGCCUCUGAAAUACCUCGUUCGCCCCAACAAAGGGAGGGCCGAACCUGGGGAAAGUCUUGAGAUCUCAAUAUUCUUGCAGCCUAUGCGCACAGAGCCUCCCCCAGAUUAUAUCUGCCCUGAUAAAUUCUUGAUUCAGAGCACAUUCAUCACCGCCGAUCGAGAGAAAUUGUCGCUCACGGAUAUCUGGAAUGCCCCAGUUAUGUCAGUGAUCCACGAGAUCCACGGACAGAAAUUACGGGUCACAUACCUUCCGUCAGAUUCUACGCCUCCUCAAAAGAUGACGUACAGCGAACUCGAGAAUAAAUACAAGGACGCCCUGUUAGAGAUCGAAAGAUUGAAGACCCUCCUUGAGGGUGCGGCGAAGCCUACGGACGAGAAAGUUCGGGCGGUCUUCAUACGUCCUUGGACUGGGGCCCAAGGACAUUACUGA